UACUGCGCCUUCAGUCUCAGCACAACAUCUGCUCGCUCAACUUUCUUCACACGACAGACUGAUGUUGUGAUCGGAUUCCAACAAGGCAUUCCAACCCAUUUCAUCUCAUUGGUCCUCGAGAUGGCGCAUUUAGGUCAAUCCAGCAUGGCCUCCCCAUUGAACGGGCACAGCGCUGGAUCCUUCACCACCGCUUCCCAAGCUAUACAUCCUCAGAUGGCACCAGAGAUAUUUCGUCAGAAGAUCGAGGAACUGCUCCGGUUCGAGAACGAUAAGCAGCGCUUGAUGCUGGAAAUGCUUCGUCACUGCGAGAACGCGGCGGAGAUGAGCUAUGAUCUCGAGCGGGAACGGGAACAUAAUCGCAAUUCUCAGAAGAAGAUCCGUGACCUCGAACGUCAGUUAGCGGAGAAGGACGACGCUACAACAAAGAGCAAGGAUAAGUUGAGUAUGGAGCUGAGAAUGCUUAGGGACCGUGAUCCCUUUGUGUUAAUACUACUAGAUGGGGAUGGCAUUGUCUUCGCGGAUGAACUACUCGCAGAGGGCGAAGAUGGCGGAAGGAAAGCUGCCGGUCUAUUCGAAUCUCAAAUCAGGGAUUUCCUUGAACAGUCCCCAAACCCGAACUUGUCCUCGAUUCCCCACGCGAGGAUCGUCUGUCGCUUGUAUGUGAGCAUGAAGUCGUUCUCGGAAGUCUGUUAUCGAGCCGGGCUUGCCUCUCGCCCCGAGAUAGUGGAGCAAUUUUUUCGAGGAUUUACGAAGAGUAAAUUGUUAUUUGACAGCAUUGAUGUCGGUCACGGAAAAGAUAGAGCGGAUGAAAAGAUUCGAGAAAACUUCAAACUCAACCUCUUCGAUCCACAUUGCAGGCAGAUCAUCUUAGGCUGCUCCCAUGACAAUGGAUAUCGGCGCCUCCUAGAAGAUUACGAGAGUGACGAAGGCAUAUUGGCUCGUGUCACGCUCCUCGAAGGCGUACCUUUCGAGUUCGAGCUUAAGAGUCUACCCUUCAACAAAAUUAAGUUUGGGAGUAUAUUCCGCAGCAACAAGAUAGUUGCGCCUUCGACUCUCCCCACCAUGCCUAUUAUCAGAAAAGAGUCGAUGACUCCUCCCACAGCGACGCCGUCACCCGAGGUAGCGGCGGCCAAUCUCGCCUCAAAAUCUCGCGUACCGUCAUGGGCCACUGCGGCUGCGACGACGACUCCUGCGGCCCCUAGCUCGUCCAACGGUGUGCCGUUGGGUCUAUCCAAAUCGGCUCAAUCUCAACAGUUUACCGCGGGCAGCGAUCCGCCCCGCUCCCAGUCGCCUCCGCCUAUUCGACGGAACAAGUAUCGCGAACGACUAGAUCCGCCCUUCCAUAUCACGGAUAAAGCCGUUUACGACCACGUCAAGGGCCUUCGACUCUGCAACCAGUACUUCCUUAACGGGCAAUGUUACAAGGAGGAAUGCAGGAAUCGGCACGAUUAUAAACCCACUCCGAGGGAACUCAACAUGUUACGCCUCGUGGCUCGAACGAUGCCGUGUUUCCAGGGUGCGGACUGCGAGGAUCCGUGGUGCUUGACCGGUCAUCAUUGUCAGAACGAGAACGGACCGCUCGGUCAUUGUCCCUAUGGCAGCAAGUGCAAGUUCUAUGAAAUGCACGGAAUGGACAAGACUCCGGUUGCAACGGUCAAGAUCGGGUCGUAGGAUGGGCUGCAGUUCUUAUACGCCAAGGGCGGAUUUCAUAGGUUGUGUUAACAAAUGGAGCAGUUGUGGGCAUAUGGGAAAUGGCAUGGUUGAGGUGAUACAUAGGCAUCACCGAGAAAAUUGCCGGGUUAC